UUGCGGCCUAUCAUUGAUGGAUAUUUGGGUCAAGUGGUGGACUGCUUCACAUUCGAGGGAAACCUCUCGAAAGUGAUUGAAGUGACGGCAAAGAGUAAACUCUUUUACCACAUCGUCUCGGAUGACAGGAUUGGCACUAAACUCAUGAGUGAAGUGAACAAAAGGCAUCUUCCGGGAGAAUUCACUUUCAUUGCCGUCAAUAAGCUUCUCGUGAAAGCCGUCAGAUAUCCGGAGCUUGAGAACAACGCCCGACCCCUCACCAGUCUAUUGAAGUUUGAUAAGCGAUACGAGAGUGUAAUGAGAUUCCUAUUCGACAGGACACUGGUCUGUCGGAGCCUAGAGUUGGCCACAACCUUCUCCCGGAGCGCUAAACUCGAUUGCGUGACAAUUGACGGCGACUUUAUCUCUAAGAGCGGACUCAUGAGUGGCGGCUAUUUCGGGGUCAACACCAGAAUUGAGGCGUUCCUCCAAUGGAAGUCCGUUGUGGCGAAUAUCGACGCCAUUCUGCAAGAGAUGAGUGAAUGUGUGCGCAGACGACAGCGAAAUGAAACGGAUUUGAUUUCAAACGCGAAUUCAAUGUCUGAAUUGGAUGUCAAACAUAACGAAACGAAGAGAAAGUUUGAUAUUCUUAAGGACUCCAAAGAGAGAAGUCAUCAGCAGUUGAUGGCAUUGAAUGCCAAACUCGAGUCCAUCGGUCGCAGCAUAUCAUCGCUCGAGUCGACCCUUCCGUCGAUGAAAGCCAACAAAGAGUCGUUUGAGAGCGAACUCGAGCUCUCACUGGACUCGCAAUUGAGCGAAAGCGAGGAGAAGGAGUUGUCGGACAUCUUGAGAGACAUCGAAGUCAUGUCUGCGAAGCACUCAGAGCUCUGUCAGCGACGGAACAAAUUUGGUUCAGAGAAGGCGUCACUUGAGUCGGAUUUGGAUAAGAAUUUGGAGCAAAGGAAGAAUGAGUUGGAAAUGACUUUAAUCGACGCCAAGAUUAUGGAGAGCGAGACACUCGUGGAGAACGAGUCGUUUGAUUUGGAACUCAUAGAUAAACGGAUCGCUUCUCUUCGCCGCCAAUCGGAUGAAAGGGACGCAAAGAUCGACGAAAUGGUGCGACAGGAGAACGAACAGAAGGAACUCUUAGAGAAACUGAGAUUAGCUGAAGACAAGCAGAUGGAUAUCAUCAACACGGAGGCCAAGACUUCGCGCCAAAUAGCCAUUAAAUUGGAGAACAUUGAGAAGAAGUACAACGAGUGUACGAGAAAGCUGUCAAAAAUGGGAACAAUUCCGACCGAUUGUGACACCGAUUACCAGAAUAUGAGUCUUUCCGAUGAGUACAGAGAGCUCCAGAAAUGCAAACACAAGUUGUCUCGACUCACAAAUGUUAAUCAGAAAGCGUUGGAUCAGUUGAAUGAAGGGCGCGAAAAGGCGCGGCUCCUGUUGGUGGAGAAAAGGGAAAUCGAUUUCGCGUAUGAAUCCAUUCAGCGAUUACUCGAAACUCUAGAGCACCAGAAGUACGAGAAAAUUCAAGUGACUUAUAAGUCGGUCUCCAAGCACUUCAUUGAGAUCUUCAAAGUGUUGGUACCGGAAGGGAAGGCAUUCAUUGAUAUGGUUUAUAAGGACACUGAGAAUAGCGCUGCCGGCUCUCAGAAUAGUCAAGAGUCCCAGUCAUCCGGUGGUAUCUCGAGCUCAGCUCCGGGCCAGACGCUGACAUUCAAUCAAAUCGAUAACUUUGUUGGCGUCAAAAUCCGUGUGGCCUUCACGGGAACCACUGUUGUGAAGGAAUUGAAUCAGUUAUCCGGUGGCCAGAAGUCAAUCGUAGCGCUGGCUUUCAUAUUUGCGAUCCAACGGUGCGAUCCGCCGCCCUUUUACCUCUUCGAUGAGGUGGACUCCGCUCUCGACCCCACUUAUCGCAAGGCACUCGCAGAUUUGAUCGAUAGUAUGUCGAAAGCGUCUCAAUUCAUUACCACAACAUUUCGUUCAGAACUGCUCGGAAGCGCUCAUAAGUUCUUUGGCGUUAAGUUCAGAAAUAGAAUCAGUCAUAUCGAGGAAAUCAGCGCAGAAAUGGCUCACGAGUUCGUCGAAUCAGAUGAGGCCAGAGAUGAUAGGAAUCAGUCGCGAAGGAGGACAGGCACUAGAAGUGUGAGGUUUGACACGACUGCAGACACUUCGGCCAUGAUAUUGGAUGACCAUCCUCCUUCUCCACCACCCGAUGAAGAGGUCCAUAAAAGCAAGACUGUUAUAGAAAAUAGGGAACGGUAUGGCGGGGAUAUGAUGGGAAUAAUGCCCCAACAGCCUAACCAAAAGGGAUUAGCGAGAAAGGCCGCCUCAGCUAAUAAUAAGAAAUGGCCAAAUGGUAACAUGAUAUAUAGGUUCGCACCAAAUGCUGGCUUUAGUGAUUAUGAGAAGUCAGUCAUACAGUCGGCUAUGAAAGAGAUCGAGAGUGUGUCGUGUAUUCAAUUCAAAGUCAGAGCAAAUCAAAAGGAUUUUAUUCACAUUAUUAAAGGCCAAGGCUGUUAUUCAUAUGUGGGACGAAUCGGCGGCUCGCAGGAGCUAUCCCUGGGCAGAGGCUGUGUAUACAAGGGAACGGUAAUCCAUGAGCUGAUGCACGCCAUGGGCUUCUAUCACGAACACAUGCGCUCCGAUCGGGACUCCUAUUUGAUAAUCCAUUUGAAUCACGUAAUGAAGGGAAUGAACGCCAACUUCGAGAAGAACCCGUCGCACGUGAACCGACUUUUGGCUAAAUUUGAUUACGAGUCCAUUAUGAUAUACUCCUCAUUUGCUUUCUCAAAGGACGGACAGAUGACCAUGGAGCCCAGGGACAAACACCACCGGCUCAAGGAGCCCUACGAUAAAACGCAUAUGACUCAGUUGGACGCGCAGAGUAUUAAUAAGAUGUACAACUGUCCCAACAAACAAGCGGCCAAUUAG